CGCCUCAGCUUUCUGUCUCCUCCCUUGUCCCGCCCUCACCUUCACGUGAGGCUGCCUGGGCCAGCCAGUUCUGUGCACCUUGACCCUCGUUGGCAGCUCAUACAAGGUGUCUGAGGAAAUCGCGACAGGGUCACCCACUGCCAGCUCUGGCCUUUAAAUCCCCAGCGCAGGGAGAUCCACGCACAGCAGGGUUGGGCCCAGCCACCACCGCGCGUGCCAGGCAGAGAAGGGUUCCGAGUGCAUUGCUGCGAAUUCUGCGCACGAGCGGGCUGCAGAACAGAAGUCUACUUCUGUCCUGACAGGGGUCCCGAACUCAGCUCUGCAGUCUCAGCCUUGGGGAAGUGAGCCCAGCACCUGAGAGCCAAGAUGCCGGCCCACUUGCUGCAGGAGAAGGUGAGCUCCCAAGCGAUGGUCCCACACCCUGGCUGGGAUAGAGCCUCCAGCGGACUGGUCUCUGGCUCCUACACCCCCACCACCACCGUCACCGCACCCCACUCCAGGCUCCUGCAGAGUGGAGAGGGCAAGUUGGAGAAGACGCCCCUGCCGGCGGAAGAAGACAUCCGCCCUGAAAUAAAAGACGACAUCUACGACCCCAGCUACCAGGACGAGGAGGGCCCCAGGCCCAAGCUGGAGUUCGUCUGGAGGAACGUCAUCCUCAUGGCUCUGCUGCACGUGGGAGCCCUGUACGGGAUCACCCUGGUUCCCACCUGCAAGUUCCGCACCUGGCUCUGGGCGUUUAGCUACUAUGUGAUUAGUGUUGUGGGCAUCACAGCAGGAGCGCAUCGCCUGUGGAGCCACCGAACUUACAAAGCUCGGCUGCCCCUGCGGCUCUUCCUCAUCAUUGCUGACACCAUGGCCUUCCAGAACGAUGUGUUUGAAUGGGCCCGAGACCACCGUGCCCACCACAAGUUCUCAGAAACCGACGCGGAUCCUCACAAUUCCCGCCGUGGCUUUUUCUUCUCGCACGUGGGCUGGCUGCUUGUGCGCAAACACCCUGCGGUCAAGCAGAAGGGCGCUCUGCUGGACUUGUCAGACCUCAAAGCUGAGAAACUGGUGAUGUUCCAGAGGCGCUACUACAAACCCGCUGUCCUGUUGAUGUGCUUCAUCCUGCCCACACUCGUGCCCUGGUAUUUCUGGGGUGAAACUCUGCAACACAGCUUGUAUGUGGCCACUUUCCUGCGUUAUGCUGUAGUGCUCAAUGUCACCUGGCUGGUGAACAGUGCUGCCCACAUGUAUGGAUAUCGCCCGUAUGACAAGAACAUUGAUCCCCGAGAGAAUGUACUGGUUUCUCUGGGAGCUGUGGGUGAGGGCUUCCACAACUACCACCACUCCUUUCCCUACGACUACUCCGCCAGUGAGUAUCGCUGGCACGUCAACUUUACCACAUUCUUCAUCGACUGCAUGGCUGCCCUGGGGCUGGCUUAUGACCGGAAGAGAGCAUCCAAGGCCACCAUCUUGGCCAGGAUGAAAAGGACUGGAGACGGAAGCCACAAGAGUGGCUGAAUUUUUAUUUCCUCAGCUUUGUUUUCCAAAAGCCAACUUGGCAGAGUUCUGAUGACAUGUUUAUUAAUUACUGGAUAAUGCUCCCAGGAUCCUAAAGAUGAUGACCUUAACAUAUUCCAGUACAAUAUUCUUUUAAAAUGAAAAAGUUUUAAAAGACAACUACACCAUUUGAUGCUAAGCUUAUACUCUUAUGUCUCAUCUUCUCUCUCUUCUAUUCACAUUAUUCUUUACUUUGUUCCUGUCACCUUCCUUUCUCUUCUCCCUAAUUGCUUCCCAGGAAGCAAAUGGUCAGUCACUGGUUGGUGUCCAUCUUUCAAAGUCUAAACAAUCUUUCCAGAGUCUAAAUGUAAUGGUCUUUGCCCAAGUACCUAAUUUACUUGAGCUGUCUCAGCUUAUAUACAGGUAGCUAGAGCUAAAGAUACAACAAAAUCUCCUGCAAAUUCCCAUGUUAAUUAUCUUCAGUUGGGCUUUGCUAGAUGGAAUCAAAAAAUAAUGUUGUUGGACAGGAAGUUUCUGAUUCAGGUAAAUUUUCAUUAGAGAAGUUAGCUCUCAUGGCAUAAGUUUAAGUAAGUAUGGAGUUGGGUGGGAAACCAGGCAACAGGAAGGUUGUGCUAUGAUGAGACUCACAGAUAUCUAAUUAGUGAGGGCUGAGGACCCUUCCACACAACAUAGGACUUUCUCUGUUGACUCUGAGUAGAGAGUGGCCAUGAAGAUUGGCUGUUCCCUUAUCCAAGAUGGCUAUAGCCUUUAGAAAAAUCUAAAAUUUAGUAGGCACAGUUGAGUGAAGCAUAAAGAGAAAUGUAUAUAUUUUUGCCUAGAACAUGGAACUAUUUUUUUAAGGGUAUUUUCCUCUGAAAGGAAUGUUGGAAUAACCAUAAAGCGGGAAGAAUUUGGUGGGUUGUCUGUGCUUCCUCCACCCCUGCCUUACUUCUGGGCAUGAGAUGGAGAAGUUGAUGAUCAGGGUCUACAGAAAGCUCUUAAGACAUAACUUUCCAAAGGAAGGUUUUUGAAAUCACAUGGCCAGGGGAUCAAGAGAUUACCAUAAGUGAGUUAUUGGAUGUUGUGAUGAAAUAAGUUCAAUGGUAGAUCCAUUCAUUAGUAUCAAUUUCUCUUUGGAAUGAGUAAAAACUAGAAGGCUGUUCUUCAUUGUAUUGGACACCUUCACUCAUUCUUCACUCUGUUAAGCCCUAACCUAAGCUAUAGCACUUGCUAGGGAAUGAGGUAGGAAUCUAUUACCCAUGCCAAUUCUUGAUUCCAGGCUCUUGUCCAUCCUGUUUUCCCUACUAGUUCUGUCUCUUCCUUGACAUAUCUCUGUGGCCAGGCAGCCUCCUUGCAUGUGUUCAGAGGCAGUGACAACUGUUGUCCAGGCAACUCCUCCUGCAGACACAGUGCUUAGGGACCCCGGACCUCUUUUUCUCUUUAGCAAGAACAGCUGCUCCACUUUUCUGUGCCUCUAGAGGCCUUGUACCUCCUCUCUCUGCCACACUGAUGGCUCUGGACAAGGCUGGCAAAGCCUCCCAGAACUAUCCCUGGCUCUGAGAGGCUCACUGUCAAGAUACACGGCCAAGCCAAAUGCUCAUGCUUUUCCAAUGAACCUGCCAUGAAGCCAAGGAGGGUUUGUGUCUGGUCAGAGCAGAGAGCACAUUGAGUGCCCCCUCUUUGCUCAGUCAGGUGGCCCCACUGAGCAGGGCUCCCAGCUGACAGAGCAAUGCUUGUAGAAGGAGGAGGAUGCCUAGUCCUUGCAAGGAAGCACAAGCAGCAAGGCCCAGUUCCCAAGUGCCUCACUUUCAAGGAAGACCCUGAUCCUGGAGCAGGCUAUGCUGCACAGCUUUGGCUGAGACAUGAGAGCAGAGAUGCCAAGAACUUUGUGGUGGAAUCCCUGUUCAGCAAAUUAACCAGUAUUCCCUACGACCCAGCCUAGGGCAGACAAUAGUAUAGAAGAGUCUGGAAAAAAACACAACCUAGUGUUUGAGAUCCUUGGACUCCUGUCCUAGUCCCUUAGUCAUCAAUGCAGAAGCUAGGCUUUGCUCUAUUAAGAUUGAAAGUGUACCACACCACUUGCUAUGUCCACUGUUAAGUCCCAUGGUGGGAGGGAGGAGAGCCUUUCUUCUUGGAUUAAUUUGAUGGAGGCUACAGGGAACAGCCUGGAUGAGGGGCAUCCUGGUCUUCAGAGGUGUUCACCUCAGAAGAGAAUCCAAUGGAAAAUCUCUGUCAUUUGCUGACCUGUGUGCCUAAUCCUGGAAGAAGUCAAUGGGGUAGUUUAAUUCUCCAGGUUAUCAGAUGCCUGCUUUAUAAUAUUAUAGUACAUCAGAAAGUUCAUGGAAAAUGAAUAUUAGGAAAAUUUAUGCAUGGAUAUCAAUUUUUUGCACCAAAAUAAAGUUACCCUUUUUAUUCCAUUUCCCCUUGAACUUUUUGAAGUACCCUUGUAUGUGAAUAAUGGAAUCAGCUUUCUCUUCAAAUCAUUGCAAUGGAUCAGCUGUGUGCCAUGAUCCCACACAAGGCUGGAUGGAGACCUCAGGCUCAUGGAUUGUGGGUACUUAGAUCUGGGUGUGUCUGCUGAGUAAGGAACACUGUUGUCAAGAUUCUAAAGCUCAAUUCAAGCACACAUUAACGAGAAACUCUCAUCUGCCCAAGAGUCUGAAUUUCUUACUAUCCUAUGUUGUGGAUGUGCUGACAACCAUUCCAGUGCCUUACAUCUUUUCUAAAAUAUGCUGCUUAUGACCUUGCCCUUACUCCCUUAGUGGAGACCCUUUGUACCUGUCAGCCUACAAAUGUGGCAGGUAGAGAAAGGGCCCUGACUGGAGGAUGAUCAUUGCAGUUAUUCACAGAAUUCCCUUCUGGGUUUCAUUGUGGAAAUCAUAGAGUUCUUUUCUUAAAUGCUCACAUUUGGUGGAUGGUGGAACUAAUUUGAAUAUAUAUGAUUUAUAACCUUUUUAUAUUAAAAGAUGGUUUUAGCAUCUAAAAAGGAAAACUUUCUCUUUUGCUUGAUAGUAUCCUGAAUGUGUUCUGCAUAAAUUUAGCUCAGAUGUGUCAGCAUGGAAGAGAAGAAAGCAAGGUGGUAGCUGAGGCCAGGACCUCUCUCCCUACCAAGCCACUGAUUUCUCAUUGACCCUGGGCAAGUCAUUUAACUAUGCUCCUCAGCUUUCCUUCUGUUAAGAGGGGCAUAAUAAUGCUGACUCACCACAAAGAGCAGUUCUAAUGCUUUGUGGCAUGACUAAUGCUUGUGUAAAACAUCGUGGGAUCCCUGAGCAGAGGAAUUCUCAAGUCUUGAACAUUUUUAUAGUAGCUGUGUCCACUACAAAUUUGAUCGGUCCAUGCAUCCCAGAUGCUAUCAUUAGUUUACAAGGUUCUCUCAAGAGGCUGAAUGAUUCCAUUUGACAAAUGGUAGCCAACUAAACAGAAAAAUUCUGAGAAUGCAUCCUCAUUGCCAUGAAAACAAGUGUGGACACUUUUUCCUUGCUUGGAUGGAUCUUCCCCUCUUCAAGAGGGAUAAGAGUUAUUUGUGACCUAAGAAUACUUUUGCAGUAACUUUUAUUCUUAGCAACUCUGAGGCUAGUUGUACUGAUCUGACACUGUGUUGGUUCACAAUAAA